AAAAUGACCAAGAAUCUGAUUCCUCAAGAUUUUUUAAAGAAUGUUCUUCAAAAUGGUGUCGGUCGUUACGUAUGCCAACUACAGAGAAUCACAUUCAGGUUUUGCAAAUCUCAUGGUGCCAGCAGACAUAUGAGAGAUUUUAUUGAAAACCAUUUGCUUGGUUUUUCUCAAAAAAACCCUGGUGUUGCAGUAUAUCUACAGCCCAGGCGACACAGAGCACCUUCCAUUGUUGCAGAAUAUUUGAAUGGCUACAGAGAAGUUCUUUUCCUGUCUGAUAAACAACCAAGUGAAAUUUGUAAGUGGACAGAACAUUUGAGGACACGAUCGGGGGUACAGAUAGUCAAGAUGAUUAACAACAUUCAUACAGAGACACCAAGCACUCAGGGCAUUUGGCAUCCAUUUAUGUUCACAGACACUGAGUGGGCGGUAACCAAAUUUCCCAACAAAAAAUUAUCCAGUGUUCUUAAGACUGGUAAAACUGCUACAGACAUUAUUCUUGAUGAACAAACUGAAGCUUUGACUGAGGGAGUCAAACAUUGUCAAAUUAAUAACAAAUAAAUAGUCUAUACAUUUUGAGACAAUGCUUGAA